AUGUCCAGCAAAACGAGGUAUUAUUUAGAACAAUGUAUUCCCGAAUUAGAUGAUUUGGUUGAGAAGGGCCUGUUCACUAAAACAGAAGUAUCCAAAAUUAUGAAGAAGAGAACCGAUUUUGAGCAUCGGUUGAAUUCAAGAGGGUCCAGCAUCACUGAUUAUAUGAAGUACAUCAGCUACGAAAGUAAUGUGGACAAGCUAAGACUAAAGCGUUGUAAACGUAUACUUCAAAACGCGAAGGCAAACGGUAUAUCUGACUGGUCUAUCCAGCAAAGAAUUAACUUCAUCUAUCAAAGAGGCACAAAUAAAUUCCCACAGGAUUUGAAGUUCUGGUCCCAAUAUUUGCAUUUCUUAAAGUCUAGAGGGAACAGCACCUCAUACAAGAAGAUUCAUACCGUCUACAACCAACUAUUAAGAUUACACCCAUCCAAUGCCGAUAUUUGGAUCAGUUGUGCAAAAUAUGAGUACGAGGUUCACGCCAACUUCAAGAGUUGUAGAAUUGCGUUCCAAAACGCCCUAAGAUUUAAUCCUGACGUCAAGAAGCUUUGGUAUGAAUACGCCAAAUUUGAAUUGAGUUUUGUGACAAAGUUGAUUGAAAGAAGAAGAGUGAUGAAUUUGAUCAACGAGAGGGAACAGGAGCUGGAUAUGUUAAAUGACAGCAAGGACGCGGAUGGAGAUCAAACCAAGGAGGAAGAGAAAGACGACAGUCCUGCAACUCAAAAUGUGUCUACAGGUGAUCAUAUGAAGGAUAAGUUGAACGAGCUGCCAGAAGCGGACAUGAGCAUGCUGGGCACUUUUGAAACAAAUCCAGCUCUCCGUGGUGAUAUUGCAUUGACGAUUUUUGAUAUCGCUAUGAAAUCACUGGGGGAACAAUAUCUCAAUAAACAAAAAGGGUACUAUGCUGUCUCUGAUAAGCAAACAGCUAGAGCUAUGAAUAUAGAAACGGUCGAGUACCUAUUCACCGAAUCGGUAAACUACAUCAACUUGUUCGACGAGUUUAAAGUACUAUCGAGAGACUAUUUGAUUAACCACAUCAUACAAUACUGGAGAAACGAACACUAUUCUUUAACUUUGAAGAAGGACUUCCCUCGAUUAUACGCCGAAUUGUUAAUAAUAGACAUUACGCUAAAUGUCAGAUACAUGACCGUGGAAACUCUAGAUAUUGACCAAUUACAGCUGUCUGUCAAGAAAUACAUUGCUUACAACAGUAAACUUGAAGCAAAUGUUGCCAAAGCUAUCCAAACGAAAUAUAAAACGUACAUCCAAGAACGGUUUAUAGAAAACAUGGACGCAGAAGAUGAUCCGCGGACGAAGAUAUUGGAGUUGAUCGUUAAGAAACUAUAA